AUGUGCUGCGAGAAUACACCUUCAGUGAGCAGUGCCAUAGCACAGACUCUAGAUGCUCUCACCAUCCCACGCAUUGUGAAACAAUUCAUACAUUUACUCCUAAUUCACCAAGAACUGCGACAAAUAAAAACUGAAUUCCGAGGAACUGCUGAUAUCCAGGGUGUUGCUGGAGUGGUGGAUGGAACCCACAUUAACAUUAUUGUUCCAAAGCAGCAUGAAGCAGAAUAUGUUAACCUUCAUGAUACCCGCAUUUGGAAUGAAUGUAGACUAAAGGAACUCUUUGAGGGGAACCGCGUGCCAGCUGGUUACCAUCUGCUGGGUAACAGUGGAUACUCCUGCGAGCUCCACCUGCUGACUCCCUACCUUCCUCCACAGUCUGGCCCACAGACGCACUAUAAGAGGUACAACUACAUGCUUGUCGUUGACUGUGCCAUAGUGCACAACAUUUGCAAGGCACGAAGUCGUGACCUCCUUCCUGAAGACGAUGAUGAUAGUGGUGGUGAUGAUGGUGAUUAUGAACAUAUGGAUGGUCACGACUCUCUUCACAUUGCGCUACCAGCAGCUGCUGCCUGUCGUGAAAGAUUGAUCUUAAGAGAUGAAUUUGUCUUGGCUCAUUUUAACUUCACACAUCAUGUUUUUGUUAAUGUAUGUCUACCACAGUUCCAGCUCCUCAACCUGCCGCUGCAGAUCCUGAUGGCCGCUGUUGGUGAGUGGCACUGCCGAGGUUGCUGGAAGGGAGGUGGCAACAGUAGUGUUGGGGGAGGCGUUCUCUGA